GGGGAGGGGAAGUGGGCGGCUCGGAAGCCGCCAUCUUCCCGGCUUGGAGGCGGAGCUGGCGGAGCGAGGUCGCGCGCCCCAGCUCCCCUUCCUGCAGCCAAGCGAGCGCCCGCUUCCGCGCUCCUCCCCUCUCCUGACUCCGGCGGCCGCCCGCGCGCGGAGCGGGGGAGACCAGAGCCCGGCGGGCGGAGGUUGUCAGGCGCUUCUUGCGCCCGCUAACUGGCGGCCGCGGGCGCGCGCUCGGCCCGGCCGCGGGGCGGGGCUGAGCCGGCGCGCACGGUGGUCGUGGCUGCGGCUGUAGCGGCCGUGGCGCUCAGCGGACCGGCGUCGAGGGCGCCCCCGGCUCGGCACUGCCGCGCUGGCCGCUGCCGCCGGCGCCAUGUACCGCAGCGGCCCGCGGCCCCCCAGCUCUUCGCACCGGCCUAAGGACAGCGGCGGGGACGGCUCGCUCCCCGGGCGCAGCUCCUGCGUCUCCUCAGGCCCCGCUCGCCGCACGUCGCCGCCGCCCUCAGGCUCCUCCUCGUCGCGGACUCAGGCUCGCCGGCCCCGAUCUCCCUCGGGGCACCGCGGCCGCCGGCCCUCCCCGUCUCCGCCCCGCGGCCGCCGGGUCUCGCCGUCCUCGCCUCGGGGCCGUCGCCUCUCGCCGUCGCCGCCGCGGGGCAGACGACUCUUCCCGCCGGGUCCGGGCGGUUUCCGAGGCGCCAGUCGCGGGGACAGCCGCGACCGCUCGGGCGACGGCGGCAGCAGGAGACACUCUCCUGGUUUGCAUUCUGAUUCUUUGGAUGAGAGCCUAAGGAUCACUGUUGGCAAUGACCACUUCUGUGCCAGCAUACCAGAACGGCGGUGCCUUAGUGAUCGACUGGAGUCACCUGUGGAUGAUCUGGAGGAUGUGGGCAGAGGUGACCUGACUGAGGAUUUGGUCUUCACUCGAAGAGGUCUCGAUCGAUUUAUUUCCCGGCAAGAAGGACCUCUCAGUCCCUUCUUAGGUCAUCUUGAUGAGGAUUACCGAACAAGAGAAACUUACCUGCAUCGUUCUGAUUAUAGCCCUCAUGUUAGUUGUCAUGAUGAGUUAUUACAGGGAACAGAACAGAACAGAAACAAGCUGAAGGGCUCCUAUUAUAUACGACCUGAGGAAAGGAGCAGGGAGGCCAAACGCCCUCGUUAUGAUGACAGAGAGAAGAUACACAGCAGGGGAGAUGAUCAGCCAGGUUUUACAUCAGGAACACGCAAUUAUCGACAGCGUAGGCGAAGCCCUAGCCCUGAAUUUCUGGACCCUGAGUUUGAAGUACUGGAUCAUGCCCAGCGUAAACGAGAAGAGGAGAAAGACCGAAGUAGGAUCCUGAAUCAGGAACUGUUGACAGUUGAUGAUGGUGGCACUAGCUGUCCCAUUCCUGGAUUAUCAACUGUCCUGCCAUCAUCCGAACCAGGAUAUUCUUUACAUCAUCCUGCUGAAGUAUCUGUGAUGCCCAAGAAAUCCAUUCUGAAGAAACGGAUUGAAGUGAACGUGGACUCCUCUGUGCAGCAUGAAAGUUUUUCCAGCAAUACUAGUUCCAGCCAGGAUCAUUCUCUCUAUUCUGGACGUCCAUCUCUCUCAUUAAGUGAUGCUACUGCUACUUUUGCCUCUGAGAUUGAAAACAGCGGGGGGACUGUGGUAGAUACUCCCUUGAGUGAACCUCAGGGCAACCCCUACCAAAGGGGUCCUCUCACUGGACAGACCAAACACAACAGCCCUUUUAGAGAGAAGUUUGGAAGUUUCCUGUGCCAUAAAGACAAACUGAAUAUGAAAACUGAGGGACAUGGACAACACACAGACUUCUUGCUGCCUCAUGAGAGAGCCAGCCAGGAUGGCAAUGGAUUUUCUCGUAUUCUGAGUCUGUUGGCAGAUUCUGCUAGUACACAGGAAAAAAGUCAAUGCAGCUUCCCUGACAUUGAGGAUGAGGAGAAAUUUCUUUAUGGAGAUGAAGAAGAUUUAAAGGCAGGAUCUCCACCAAAGCCCCUUGGUGGCUCAGAAGAUGAAGCUGUAAGGCAGAAGCCGAGCAGCCUAACCUCAUCAACUCCAUCUAUUAAGCUAGAAUCAGAAGAACCUAAUCCAGAAUAUGCUAAGAUUCAUGAUUUGCUCAAGACCAUAGGACUGGAUAUUGGGGUUGCAGAGUUUAGUAAGAUGGGUGUACGUACCCAGGAACGACUUCAUGGCAAAAAGCCAUUACGUGCAUCAGCUGACCGACGCACCUCAGUUGACCAGCGCUUUUCUUCUGACCGAUACUCUUCAGUUGACCGAUACUCUUCAGUUGACCGAUACUCUUCAGUUGACCGAUACUCAGUUGACCGACGUUUCUCAGCUGAUCGGUGUACCUCAGAUCUUCACAGUCUAGAAAGCCAGGAGAAACACCAUAACAGUAUUCACUCCCCAGAGGUGUCACAUGCACAUUCAGUCUCAUCUAUGGAUCCUUACCUGCACACAAAAAGUAACCCCCCAUUCCUAAAGUCUGCCCAGCCAAUUGGUCACAUUGCAGGAACAGAGUUGGUUGGCAGAGGAUUUCAGUCAUCUGUCACAGUCAGAUGCAUGUUGCCAUCAGUUCCUCCUACCCCACUUAGACUUACACACCCUCCUCCUUUAUCUCAGUUUCGUUUGCCAAGGUCUUCGCAGUUUUCUGCAGCUCGGAUACCUCCAAACUACCAAGGAUCUGGCAUUUCUCCUCCCUCCUUUGAUGCCUAUAGUCACUACAUGGCAUACGCAGCCUCAAGAUGGCCUAUAUAUCCCACCUCUCAACCUUCAGGCCACCCUUUAUGUGAACCACAUAGGCUAAUACCAGUUACCAAACAGACGACUCGUAGCCGUCCCAAUCUCCGUGUGAUUCCUACUGUGACUCCUACUAAAUCCAAGCCGGAGGCAACAGCACUUGGCUCAGUUUCUAAUGUCCAAAAUCCUGUGCAGGAAUCCACCCCAUCAUCUCUCAUAAAAUAUAAUCCAGAGAAGAUCUCUGAUGAAAAGAACCGUGCUUCCCAGAAGCAGAAGGUUAUUGAAGAGAGGGAAAAACUGAAGAGUGAUCGGGAAGCUCGCCAGAAAAAGAUGUACUAUCUCAGAAAUGAGUUGGAGCGGCUUCAUAAACAGCAAGGAGAAAUGAUGCGCAAGAAACGUAGGGAAAAGGAUGGUCACAAAGACCCACUUCUGAUGGAGGUGAGUCGGCUUCAGGAUAACAUUAUGAAGGACAUUGCAGAACUUCGACAAGAGGCAGAAAAGGCCGAAAAGAAGCAAUCUGAACUGGACAAAGUUGCUCAGAUCUUGGGAAUCAAUAUUUUCGAUAAAUCAGAGAAGUCUAAAGAUAGUAAAGAGUCUACAGGAAAAAGAGAAAAAUCAAAGAGCCCAGAAAAAGCAUCUUCCUCAAACUCUUUCAACAGUAAGAAGUCAAACGUAAAUGAGAACUAUUCUAAGCCUCCUGAGAACCCCCAGUCAGCUGCUAAGCAGGCUGAUCAGCCUACUGCUGUCUAUGAGUAUUAUGAUGCUGGCAGUCACUGGUGCAAAGACUGCAAUACCAUCUGUGGAACCAUGUUUGACUUCUUCACCCAUAUGCACAAUACAAAGCACACAAAGACACUGGAUCCCUACUACAGACCUUGGGCUUCAAAGACACCCACAAAGGCCAAGCAAGAUAUUAUAAAGCGCACUGACAAGAUUACUGUUCCUGCAAAAGGCUCUGAGUUUCUGAUUCCCAUCACUGGAUAUUACUGUCAGCUCUGUGAAGAAUUUUUUGGGGAUUCGAUUUCUGGAGAACAACAUGUGAAGGGUCACCAACAUAAUGAGAAAUAUAAGAAUUAUGUGGAUGAAAACCCAUUAUAUGAAGAACGGCGGAAUCUGGAUCGUCAAGCAGGCUUGGCUGUGGUCCUAGAGACAGAACGGCGACGACAGAUUGAGUUGAAGCGUAAACUUAGUGAGAAGCCAAAUGAAGACAAAAAAGAAAAAAAGGCAAAAAUUGUGAGAGAAACAAAGGAGGAUAUCAAGACCAUUGAAGAACCAGAAGAGUUCUCUGAGAGUUUGAACUCCCCUGAAAAUAAAGAGACAAGUGCCACCAAACUCCAACUAAAAGAGAAGGUAAAGAAAGAAUCACUACUCUCUUCCUCAUUUGGGAAAUUCAGCUGGAAGAAGCCAGAAAAAGAGGAGGAAAAAAAUUCAGUGGUAGCCCCAGGUGUGCCCAAGGAAGAGACCGUGGAAAGUAGUAAGGAUAAGGAGGAUAGCAAAGUUGAAAUUGGGAAGGCAAAGCCCAUUAAAAUCAAGUUGUCUGGGAAAACUGUUGUUGCACAUACUAGUUCUUGGACUCCUAUAGUGACAACUUCCACACAGACUAAAAUCCGACCCAACCUUCCUAUCCCAUCUACAGUACUCCGAAAAUCAGGUUCAUCUGUAGUGAGCAAACCAGCUCCUCUUAAUACCUUUCUGUCCAUUAAGUCUAUUGGAACCACUGCCAAACCUUUGCCAGUGGUUAAAGAAUCUUCAGCUAACCUCCUUUUACCUCCUGACAUCAUCUCCAAAGCAUUUGGAGGGGAAGAGGUGAUUCUAAAAGGAUCUCUGGAGGAAAAAAUGGCACUAACUGAAAAGAAAGAACCAUCUCAUAUGCCUGAAGAAAUUAUAACACCUCUCCCACCACCACCUCCACCACCACCUCUACCGCCCCCAGCUGUACCUCAUUCAGCUGCCCCAUCUCCCACUCAAGUAAAUGCUGUCUUUGCUCCAAUAAAAUCAAAUGCAGCUGUAUCUCAUACUGCCAGCCCUAGCUUCCUGGGUCUUAACGUUUUGAACCCAGUGUUGCCAGUAGCCAUCCUGGCCUCGGAACAGCCAGUUGCUAUUCCUUCUGAUGAGACAGCUCCUGGAGUGAGUGAGAAUGACCAUGACCAGACCCUAUUCUCUGUAUUAGUGCGUCCUCCACCUCCCCUCUCAAGUGUGUUUAGUGAACAAGCCAGAAAGUUAGAAAAGAGAAAUUUAUGUUUAGCCACAGCCAAUGCUAAGGAUCUGUAUGAUAUAUUCUACAGUAGUGGUGGUGGUGGAAAGGGGGCUUCUGAGACCAAGCUAAAUGAUGUAUUACUGGCCAAUGGGGAAAAUAGCAACCUUUCUAAAACUGAAAGUUCAAACAUCUCUUCUACUUUGAACAGCAGUGCAUCGCAAGAGAAGUUGUCUCCAGGUAGCUGUUUGGUUUCUGCUCCAGCCAACAGUUCUGAAAAAUCUGAUGCAAAAACUUUGAUGUCAUUAGGAAAAUGGUCAGUUGUAGAACAAACAGAUUCAAAAUGCAAAGACAAUAGCUAUGGCUUCCUUCAGCCUCUGACAAGGUUAUGUCAAAGCAAGCCUUAUGAAACUUUUACCUCACAGACAGAUUCUUUCACUAGAUGGACUUCUAGCACUUCCCAGAGUGAUGCUAGUAGGACUAGGUCUUUAGAGGGAAGAAAUGAGCUUGACCUAGGAGAUCCAGAACAACCAGACAUAGAACCAGCUGAACUCUCAGAAAUACACUGUCAUGCUAUGGACUCUCAGAAGUUGGUAGAAGCCCAUCUUAUGGAAUCUGGUAGCCAGGAUGGGGAAAACCAAGAGUUCCACCAUUCUAAGGAGUAUGGAGAAUGUGUGGCAGAUACAAACACUGAGCUAAAGGAAAGAGGAGCAAGACAUUCUGAAAGGAUGGUAGGAGAGGGAAUAGGGGUCAGUAUUGGACCCAGCAGCACAGAGAAUAUUAAUAUGAAGCGUGGGGAUAAAUACAUAAGGGAGAGAGAAGCAGAACAGCCUAAAUUGCAAAUGACUGAUAAGAAGGCUGAGGCUGAACAGUCCAAGAAAAUGAUGACAAGAGUUGAAAUUCAAAAUAGAGUAGUUACUGAAUUGAGUACACAGACUCACUUUUCCACAGAGGAAAAAAUAGAUUCAUAUCAGUCAGACAUUAAGUCUUUAUUGCAAAACCCACCAAGUAAGCCUCUGAAAAUUUCAGCCCCAGAAUUGUUUCUUCAGUCUUCAGCCAGGUCAGAUAUGUAUUUAACAAAUAGCACACAACAACAAGGAGUUUUAGCUGAUAGUGAAGAAAGAACAGAAAAUUCAGCUCCAGAAUCAGCUUCCAAAGCCUCUACAUACAGAAGCCUCAAACUCAAGAGAGAAAGACCAGAAGACUUUCAGGAAAAAGUGACCUAUAAGCAGGCUGCUUGGGAUGAAAAUAAGAAGCCAGAGGUUUGGGAGAGUCCAAAGAAAUCAGAAGCAGAAGUCCUGGAGAUACAAGAUGUACAUCCAGAAUUAAAAGUUACAGUAGAAAAAAAGGCCUUAGAAGAUUUUAAAAUUACAAACUUAAAAGUCGAAGAGAUAACUCCUCUUGGGAACCUGGCAGACACAGCACAUAGAUUCCCAGUUGCCCUGGUUCAGAAUGUGUGUGAAGAAAAUUCUUUGUUACCUAUAGGAUGUAGUUGCACUACUACUGCUACUGACUUGGAACCAACCCCAUCCUUUUCUGAGUUUCCAUCAGAUUCUCCCAAAACCCUGGUGCUUAAUUUUGCCACAAAGGGUGGACAAAACUCAUCUAAUCCCAGAAGUAGGAGGAUCACUCAUAACAUUUUGAAACCUGCACUUUCUGUAGAAAAUGCUGAUGAGCUUAGCUUGGGAACCCUAGAGGGAACACACCAGGCCCUUGACCUAUUAUCAGGAGGAAUGAUGCCUGAAGAAAUAGAAGAAACUCAGUUAGAGAAACAAGAUUCACUCAGGUUGGAAUCAGAAACAAUGAACUCUACAGGGGCUGGGCCAUCUCCUUGCCUUCCAGACCUUGUUGACUUUGUCACAAGAACAUCUGGAGUUCAAAAAGAGAUGUGUUCUCCCUCCUCUGAACCAGGUGACACUCCUGAAUGUUCCCCAGAUGUGGAACCAGUACAACUAGAAAAAGUAAAUGCAUCCUUCACAGAUCCUCAUCCUCAAGUGGAUGAGGACGAUAACAAUACUUUGAAUUUAGUGAAAUCUCUGGCUCCACAGUCCCCUUCAAGGGAACAUGUAGUUAGAGGCAAUGUUAUCCCUCAGGAAAUAACCACACAAGAAGCCACAGUUGAUGCCAUUCAGGACCCCACAGAAUGUACUGUUCAUGACCAAGAAUAUACAUCUGGAGCUACUUGUGGAUGAAUCAAAUUGACUUCUAGAAAUAAGGUGCCCAGAUUAUGCAGGACAAGUUGGCUUCUUUCAUCUGGAAUCUACAUCAAAAGAUGCAGUCAGUAUCUUACAGUAAAUGUGGGAGUUUAAAAAAAGUUACCUCCUUUCUCCUUAAAAGACAAACCUAUCAUAACUACUAUACCUAUUUGUAAAUUGUAUUUUCUGUUAAUAAUUUUGGUCAACUUAUUUUACCUACUUUGUCAUUAAAAACAGAUGUCUAUCUGGCUCACCAUGUAGUGUGAUUGUAUUUUGGCUUUGGCUCUGUCACUCUGGAAUGUGGGGGAGGAGGGAAACAAUUGACUUCUCCAGUUGCUGUAUUGUAUCCCCACCCAAUUUCAUGGGCACUGAUGGAUCUCUAAGAGAAACACCAGAAAGCCUACUAAAAUGGAAAAUUGUUAAUGAAGGAAAAGUUGUUCAUCUCCCAAGCUUCCAUUUGGAUGGACCUGCCUUAACAUUAUUUGAAAUGCAGUGUGAGUAGCUCUUUUGUUUACUGUCUUUACUUCUUUGUGGUAUGUCAGCCUCACUCCCAUACCCUUUACAACACUAUGGUCAUGUGAACUCACAAAGCUGUUUGGAAAUGAUCUUGUAAGCAUGGAAGGAAAUCUAACAGGCUCACUUUUGGAAGACAGCAGAUCGGUAAGACUUGUUCAUGGUUCAGUGCUAGGAACAGAAGUUUUUGGGGUCACUUUUAUUUUUGAAAUGGCCUUUUUUCAUUGUAUUAUGAUCCAGUAACACUUUGUGUUAAAUUGUUUAACAGAUAUUUCUCUUCUGAAGAGGUGGAAGAUUUGAAAUUUGUCUUGAGAUUGGACUCAUUCUCUGUUUCACAGUCCAUAUGUACUCCUACCUCUCCCUUUUCUCAAGUUAUUUCUACCAUAAGUGUGAUGUUUUUGGCUGUAUAUUUUGUUUAAAAGAUUAAAGAAUUUAUAAGUUGA